AUGACCUCUAUGUUGCAGAGCUUCCACAAGGAGAAAUCUCUCCCAGUUUCUCAUAACACCACACAGGACCCACCACCAGCAACAGCCGGAGCCGGAAUGCGCCGAAGGAUCUCCUCUAUGACAUUCCAGAUCCAACCGCCGACGAUGUCAGACACUACCGCGUGGGCGUUGCGCAGCUCCAAAUCGGUGUCUUCAAUGGGGGAAUCGGCGUCUACCUCCAUCAAGACCUGGUGGGAUCGUGGCUGGGGAUGGAUCCUUUCCAGAAAACCAGUAUUCGCACAGGAUCUGGAGAUGAAUCAAGAAGAAACCUCCGUUCUCGGUUGCCAUAACAAAGUUCCGCCAUUUGAGCAUAGCACCAAAGAAGGAAUUUACAGAGAGAGCAGGGAAGAAUCUAUUGGAAGGGAUGAAAAGAAGCCCUUUUGACCAAAUAGAAGCAAACCCAUGUUACUUUCUAUUUAUAUAUGAUCGGAUUUAAAACGAUUUAAUCAUAUUAAUAAAUGUUUUUUUAUAAGUAUAAUUCCUCCGAAUUUUUGGAGGUGUCGGUGGACGAUGCAAAUGCCAAUCAUAUUCUAUUUGUUUUUAUUUAUUUAUUUAUUAUUAUUAUUAUUA